AUGGGUGAUCGAUCUUUUGAGCCUGUGGGUGGCAGUGAAUUUGAUGCCAUUGAUAGAGGCGUCGUCGCUGCCGCCAAUAAUCAUAUUGAUGGUGUGAGCCGCCAUAGAAUAGUAUUAUGGAAUCCUGCUAUUAAAAAAUACAAAAUGAUUCCCAAGUCUGAUCGUUACAUGUUGCGACGUGCUAAUAUUCGUCAUUACGAAUCAACACUAUAUGAUUUUGCCUAUGAUUCUGUUACUGAAGAUUAUAAGGUGGUCGCUACACUUGUGAUUAGUGCAAAGGAUAGCAAUUGCAUUGUUGGAAUGUACUCAGUAAAUAAUGAAUCUUGGAGAAAGAUUGGCACUAUUCCUGAUGGUUAUCGAUUGUUCGACCAAAAUUCAGUUUCACUAUAUGGUACAAUUAACACGAUGACGACUACUUCAGUUCAAGCAAAUAGAAGCAGUACGUUUAAUAAAUUCGCGAUCAUUUCCUUAUUUGUGGCUGAUAAAAAAUUUAUUGUAACGCCCGUUCCAUUGGAAUAUUGUGGGAGUCCUAUGAAAUUGUCUAAUUCUUUAAUCGUCUGUGUGUUUCCAUGUUUGUUGAGAUGA